CUCCUGCCUGGACUUCUCAGCUGAGAGUGAACAUCAGUCAGGCACCCAGCGAAGUUUCUCUCUGAGCUCUGCCGCUGUUUACUGAAGGAUACGGAUUUUGGGCGACAGCACUGCAGAACGACAGAGCGGCCUGUUUUGACUGAUUGGUCACUCCAAAUUCACAAGGCAAAAUAGUUGCAGGUGAUUGGGUGAGGAGACGGAGGAGACGGAGACAAACUGGGAAUCUCUCCUCAGAGAUCUCUUUUUCCAUCAUGCUGAAUACUAUGUUGCUUGGGGUCCAGGCAGAGACCUCCAACAAACCUGACUUGUCUUUGGCUAAUAAGGUGCUCAACGGCAUUAACUGGGUUGUGGUAGCCGUCUUCUACCUGGAGAUCGCGCUGAAAUGGAUGGUGGACUUCUGGCUGUUUUGGAGAAACGCAUGGAACAUCUUUGAUUUCAUCCUCACCUUUCUGAGAACAUGUCUCAGCAGCACUAACACGAAAGCCACUGGAGUAGUAAAGGUUCUCUGCACCUUUCGAGUCCUUCGUGCACUGAAGAUCACAGCCAAAUUCAGGCAGGUUAGACUGUUGGCCCUGUUGGCCAUAACAAGAUCUGUUAAGGAUCUGGUACCUGUCUUUCUGCUUCUGUUAAUACCGAUGUACAUCUUCGCUGUGACGGGCAUUCCACUGUUUAAAGAACAAACUCAGUAUGACGCUGAGAACCUCACCUACGGCAAAAGUUUCGAAGGCAUAAGCAACUCUUUCAGCACCGUCUUCAGAUUGCUCACCAUCGAUCACUGGUACUCCCUGCUGGAGGAUGGAUGGAACGUCCCAGAUCUGAACAAAGUCGCCUGCGGUGCCUUCGUGAUCAGCUGGAUCAUCGUUGGUUCCUUCAUUUUCUGCCAUCUUUUUGUGGGCUUCAUGGUGAGCAACUUUGAGUUCACCAGGAGUGACUUUGUGAAAGAGGUUCAGUCGAUUGAGAAACAUCAGAAAGCAGAUUUGUUUAAGGCUGAAAUUCUAAACAAGACAAUGAGCCAAACAAGCAUCCAGGUGGAGACUUCAGCAUCCACCACUCUUUGCUCCCCAGACCAGACAGAUGUUGACUGGGAGACCAAAGUGAUGCAGUAUUUAGACGCAAUCAAGGAGCAGGAAGAGGACGAGCAGGAGGUGGUCUGGCCCAGGGACACCCUCUUCAGACACUAUGAGCAGAUGGAGGAGCUACAGUGCAACCUGGAGGAGAAGACGCUGCAUCAUCUAAAUUCAGGCACUGCUUAACCUUAGUGACAUGUAGUGCCCUAAGGAGCCUGACGUGUCCCUCCAGCUGAAGCUACAGGGCAGCCAAAAGGAUAGCCAUGACAUCACCCAGCUCCCAGAGGUCGAGCAGGUGGUCUUGCCCAGGGACACCCUCUUCAGGUACUUUGAGCUGAUGGAGGAGCUACAGCGCAACCUGGAGGAGAAGAAGAGGCUGCAUCAUCUAAAAA